AUGGCAGCCGCAGAAUACCUUACAUCAGGCCACAGGCCUUCGCUGGAACCACAAAACAAUGGCUCAUAUGGGCCUCCACAACCUCAGAGGGUACACUCAUCGCAGCCUGGGUUUAAUUAUCAACCUGGUCAGCCAGGCCAACCAAGCCCACAGUUUGGCGUUCAACCCCCUUCUCCGUACGGCCAUCCUCCCAAUCUCCCUCCCCCUGCCUAUCAACCUCUCAACACCGAACCAAAAGUCCAGUUCGCUCCUCCACCUGUGAUGCCUGGACAGCAUCGACCCUCCCUUUCAAGCCAGCCGACAUACAGCCUCAAUCAGCCCAACUUCCAAGCCAACCCCGUGCAGCAACUAUCUCCAUAUCCUCCCGGCCCAUACGUGCCUCAAGCCUAUCAACAGCAGCCUUACGGACCACCUCACCAUCGGCCACACCACAGACACAGUGACCCUUAUGGCUCCGGCUAUACCUCAGAUCCCGAGCCCCACAGAAGAAAGCACAAGGACCGAAGCCGUCGCGUAUCGGACCACUCGCGAUCUACCAACGCGGACGGCUUCCUCGGCGCCGCUGGCGGCGGAUUAAUUGGAGACCUGCUUUUCCCUGGACUCGGCACUGUCGGUGGCGCGUUGGCGGGAUGGAUCGGUGGCAAGGACUACGGAAAGCACAGGAAGUGGAGAGAAGAGAAGAGGGAUCGGGAGCAGGAGCGCUGGGAGAGGGAAUACGGCAGGAAAGGCAGCCGCAGCCACAGCCGUUCACGGAGUCACAGUAGGGACAGAGACGUGCACGAGCGGAGGCAUAGUCAUGGUCGCCAUGAGGAGGGACGGAGACACAGCCAUGAAAGGCGGAAGAGCCAUGACUGA